AUGACGGGGAAUGAAGAUGUGAAGAACCCUUCGGCAACGGUGCCCCAAAAUUUGCUAGGGUGUCCGCUGGCCGCUUUAGUCGUAGAGAAAGAAAUCCACAACCAGUUGCGCCAUUUAGAGCGCCACUUAGAUGCCUUUUUGUUGAUCGAGCAGCUGAAGCAGCAAUUUAAGGGGAAGGAGCCUUUGGAAGGAGUUGGUUCAAGCCAAUUAUCAGGAGUCGCGAAUCUGGAAGACCUAGUGGGUGCUUCGGUACUGAACGACUGGCUAGACAAUGACCCGGAAGUCGUGGAAACUGCAUUCAGACGUCACAUGGUAGCAGAAGUCUACAAAGACCUGGACAAGCCAGAGUGCCUGGAGAGGCUAGAUAUGGGAGCGCCUCAAACGGCAGAGCUUAUUCAACAACUGCGGGCACAAUUACAGGGAGGCCACUCGCCUCAUCUGCAAGACUUAAGAGAUUUAAUCGACAAAAAAUAUAAUCAGAAAACGAGAUACUCACCAGAAAAACCCUCUUUACUUUCUAAAGUGCUGGGACAAACGACACAUCCGCUCCUCCAAGCAGCGAAACCAGGCCCCUGGGAAGCCGCAAACCCUAAUCCUCAACACACAACAUUCAUGACUAGAUGCUUGAAAGAAGUCGUUAACGAUGGUUCCAACCUGAACAUCCAGCUGAGGAAUUACAGCGAUAAUCCCGACAAGAUAUCUGUCCGGCUUGAAGGCGUCGUAGCCGCUCCACUAAUUUGCAUCCUGUCCGUUUUGAAUGAAGUGGACCACUUCAGCAACUGGGUGCCGUAUUUUACUAAGCCGUUCAACUUUUUCAAGGCGGGCCCAAGGGCCGCCGGACGUCGCGUCAUGCAGGGCAGUGAUGGUCGGGAUGCGUGUUUUGAGGUGUUCGCUGUUGACGACUUCGAACGGAAUUCACAAAUUGUUGUCAAAAUGAUUACACUGGACAACGCAUACAAAACGCCGAGGCAAACAAUGACAAUUCCCGAUCCAGCCCGGCGUGUGGAAAGGAUUCUUGUGGAUGGUUCUUUGGUCAUAAAACCUCUCACCUCCGAGUCCUCUCUCCUAUCGCUCAUUUGGCACGAGAACUGCGGGAUGCGCAUCCCUGUGUUUAUGCUUGACUUUGCGACCAAGCUCUUUGCACGGUCAGCAUUUGACGCCUUCAGGACAACUUGCAUUUCAGCUAGGGAGGGGGAGCUGCAGCGGAGGCGGUCUUUGAAUGAAAACCUGUACAGCUUCAUUGCAGAUCGCCUGGUACAAGUCGGCGUAGUGCCUACCUCGCCGUUGCAGUCUACUGUAGCCGAAGGACAGAGGGACGUGAAGAAGCAGCGAGGCUUCAAUAGAUACCAGACUAAACAAGUGCACAACAAAGGAAUUUGA